CGUGGUUCGGGGUCAGCGAUACUAAAGGGCUGAGGAGAUGGAGUCAGGAGCGAGAGACACCGAGGAGCCCGGGGGAGAGCAUAUCCCAGCGAUGUGGUUGGACGGCUCUAUUGAUUUCGCAAAGGCAUUUCACCAGCAUUUGUCAAAGUAUGUCCCUCGUAUUUACUCUAACGAGAUGCAGCCACAAGUGGAAAGGCAGGAAGAGCUGGCCCAGACCUCCAUCCUUACCCCACUGGAGUGGUAUCUCUUUGGAGAGGACCCCAAAGACUUUUUAGAGAAACUACGGCACAGCGAGGCCCCUCCACUCUGUGGCAAGGUGUUUAGAGGAGGGGAGACCACCUAUUCUUGCAGGGACUGUGCGAUAGACCCAACCUGUGUGCUUUGUAUGGAUUGUUUCCAAAACAGCGUUCACAAGAAUCACCGAUACAAGAUGCAUUCUUCUCUGGGAGGUGGAUUCUGUGACUGCGGCGACACAGAGGCUUGGAAAACUGGACCAUACUGCAAGAUUCAUGAGCCAGGAACAUCUGAUCAGAAUGCGGGCUUCCAGUUGCCUGAAGCGCUCUUGGCCCAGACGAGAAAGGUCUUCCCCUUGGUCAUCCAAUACAUCGUUGACAUGCUGAUAUGGGAGGAACAAAAGAGUCUUCCACGAUAUUUGGAUACAGGCCCAAAGAAGUUGGAUCACCACUACUGUGUGCUGUUCAGUGAUGAGCAUCAUUCCUACGAUCACUUUAUCUACAGCUUGCAGAGAUCCUUGGGCUGUGAUCUGAAAGAAGCACAGACAUUAAUCAGUGCUGCAGAGAGGGAGGGUCGAAGAGCCGUCAAAGAGGGUAAUUUACAGGAAUGCCAGGGAACUGCCGAAAAUCUCAAGACGUAUUCAGAGAACGUGUCCCUGCGGCCCCUGCGUGUGGAAGUAUUGCCAGCCCUUGUGAUGGCGCACCAAAGCCUUGCUCUGAGUCUAGGCAUUUGGCUGAACAAACUCUUGGCGUACUCUAGUGACUUUCGUCAAAUCUUCUGCCAGGUUUGUCUGACGGCUUCUUCCAACCAGCAGUGCUAUGUCAGCCAGCUAAUUCUAUGGGAUGCCAAGCUCCAUAAGGGCGUCCGGAAGGUUCUACAUGACCUGAUAUUCAGCAGCUUCUUCAUGGAAGUAGAGUAUAAGAAACUAUUUGCAGUAGAGUUUGUGAAGCAUUACAAACAAGUACAGAAGGAAUACAUGGAUGACGAUCGAGACAGGAACAUCUCGGUCACAGCAUUUUCCGUGCAGGUGUUCACUGUUCCCACUUUGGCUCGGCUGCUCAUCGAGGAGCAAAACGUAAUAAAAGUCAUCACUGAGACUCUUCUGGAAGUCCUGCCGGAAUAUCUAGAUUCAGACAACAAGUUUAACUUCCAAGGCUACAGCCAAGACAGGUUCUGCAGAGUUUAUGCCACAAUAUGUGACCUAAAGUACAUUCUUAUCAGUGUACCAACAUCAUGGUCGGAGAAGUUGAGAGUUAAGUUCCUGGAGGGAUUUAAAUCAUUCUUAUAUGUAUUAUCCUGUAUGCAGGGCAUGGAGGCCAUCAGUAGGAUGAUAGGGCAACAUGUGGAGAUGGACUCCGACUGGGAAGCAGCCAUAGUCAUGCAGAUGCAGCUGAAGAACGUUUUAAUGCUGAUCCAGGAGUGGUGCGCCAGUAACGAAGAGGUCUUGCUGGAGGCCUACAGGGAAUGCUACCAAUCAGUCCUCCGGUGUAGCAGUGCCAGCAGCUGUCAGGAGAAGACACGGAUCAAUAUGUGUGGCCAUUCUUAUGAAAGUUACCCAUUUCGUGUGUCUGUAGAUCCUGUCAGUAUCCACCUACCUCUCUCUCGGCUUUUGGCAGGUCUGCAUGCGCAUAUGAGUAAGACGGGCACCAUCGCCAGACUACCUCAUAUUAUUCCCACUGAGGAAUUCCUGGUUGAAAGUCUUAUCGAGUGCCCUCUGAGGUGCCUAGUACUAGUCGGGCAAGUGGCCGCUGAAAUGUGGCGGAGAAACGGUCUCACCAUUAUCAGCCAGGUGUUCUACUACCAAGAUGUUAAGUGCAGGGACGAGAUGUAUGACAAGGACAUUGUGAUGCUUCAGAUUGGCGCAUCCUUAAUGGAUCCCAAUAGUUUCCUGCUGCUGAUGCUACAGAGGUUUGAGCUUGAGGAAGCCUUCUCCAAGACCACAGCACCCCCCAAAGAUAUGGACCUGGCAAGGCAAAGAAACAUACUUAUUGAAGAAAUGCUAGAUGUUCUGAUUUGUGUAAUUGGAGAGAGGUACGUUCCCGGCAUUAGCGACGUGACCGCAGAAGAAUGCAUGAUGCGGGAGAUCGUUCACCUGCUUUGCAUUGAACCCAUGGCCCACAGCACAAUUGCCAAGGCCUUGCCUGAAACUGAAAACACCGACGUAUGUUUGGAUAAAGUGAUCAAUAAAGUGGCCACUUUUAAGAAACCUGGGGUAUCGGGACAUGGCGUGUAUGAGCUGAAGGAUGAUUACCUCGAUCAGUUCAAUGUGUUCUUUUAUCAUUAUACCAAGACCCAGCGCAGUAAGGCUGAACACACCCAGAAGAAGAGACGAAAGCAGGACAAUAGCUCUGAAGCUUUGCCUCCACCACCCCCUCCAGAAUUCAGCCCCGCUUUUCGUAAUGUGAUUAACCUCCUGUGUUGCGAUGUCAUGAUGCAUCUACUCCGAACAAUUCUCCAGAGGGCAACAGAGGAUGAGCCAAACACAUGGACAGAAGCCAUGAUCCAGAUGGUGCUCCACCUCAUUGCCCUGGGUUUGCUAGAGGAGAAGCAGCAGCUACAAAAGGCAGCCGAGGAAGAUGUAACAUUUGAUUUCUAUCACAAGGCAACAAGAGCCGGGAGCGCGGAUGUGAACUCUGGGAGCGUGCUCACGCUUUUGGAGAAAUUGAGGUGUGUUGCCCUGCUGGAGGCUCAAAAAGAUAUGGUCGGCUGGGUGCGGCAGAUGUUUGAAACUGUGAAGAGGCUUCGAGAGAAGUCCAGCCAGACCGCAAUGGCAUCGAUUUCUUCUGAUGUUAUUUCGGUUGACGAGAGUCCUGUAGAGAAGGAAAAACGGAAACGGAAAGCAGAGGCGGCACGACUUCACAGGCAAAAGAUUAUGGCUCAAAUGUCUGCUCUGCAAAGAAAUUUCAUUGAAAGUAAUAAGCUUCUAUAUGACACCACUCCGGAAGCGCAAGAAAGGUCCACUCCUAUGGAGGAGAGCUCAACACCCGAAGAAGGCUCAAAGAUUGCCUUGGGUCCUAAGCGCGGCCCAUGUGUUCCUGAGCAGGAAGUGUUGACUUGCAUCCUCUGUCAAGAGGACCACGAAGUCAGACUGAACAGCGCGACUAUGGUGCUAACUGCAUGUGUGCAGAAAUCUACCACUCUGUCCCAGUGCCGGGGCAAAAGUCAUGUACACUCAGGAGCUCUUUCCCCAGAAUCAUUUGAUCCACUUUUUACAAACCCCGAGAUGCUGUGUGGGACGCAUACAGGGAGCUGCGGACACGUAAUGCAUGUCGUAUGCUGGCAAAAGUAUUUCGAGGCUAUGCAGCUAAAUAUGCGGCAGCGGCUUCAUGUCGAACUGAUCUUCGAUCUUGGGAAUGGAGAGUAUUUGUGUCCUCUCUGCAAGUGCCAUUGUAACACUGUUAUUCCCAUCAUCCCACUUGUUGCUGAUCAAGUGAACAGCUCUGAUGCCGAAGUCAUUGGCCAAGUACUGUCGUUUCCCCGCUGGUUGGAUGUGGUCGCAGCCAGAAUUACUGGCUACAAUCUGAAAAUCACUAACGGAGACAGAUAUAUUUCACCCAAAUUCUAUAAAUGUCAAGGGGACCAAAGCAAUGAAUUCCGCUCCAUCCUGAGUUUUGGAGUACAGCCCCCGCCAACUUAUUCAGCAAGUACAAAAGAAAUGUUGCUCCAUUUUGCUACCACGAUUUACCGCGUGGGCCUGAAUGUUGCUCCUAAUGAGUCCGACCCUCGUCUACCUGUCAUGACGUGGAACACUUGUGCCUUCACCAUCCAGUCCAUAGAGAGCUUAUUACAGGACGAUGACAAACCUUUAUUUGGUUCUCUGCAGAAUCGACAGCACUCAGGCCUCAAAGCCUUGGUGAAAUUUGCUGAAGCCCAACGGGCAACAUGUCCUCCAACGACACUACAGAAACAUCUGGUUCAGUUAUUGGCAGUGUUCCUGCCGAACAUGGAACUGGAAGACACCCCGUCCUUCCUGUCUGUGGACAUAUUCCACCUACUGGUGGGCUCAGUUUUGUCAUUCCCAUCUCUGUACUGUGAAGAAAAUGUAGAUCUACAGCCUUCGCCUCUGAUAUCUGCUUACAACAACCUCUACCUCUUCCAUCUGCUCACAAUGACACAUAUUUUGCAGAUCAUCUUUGCAUCGGCCACUGACACGGUGCCUUCUGCAGACCCAGAAGACUGUGAAGAGGCUCGAAUGGCUGCAAGUCUUUGCCGUGAUCUUUGUCAAUUUACCAAUGGCUGCUUUUCGGCAGACCUGCCGGGCUGGUAUGUUUGGGGCUGUGUGAAGAAGGGGCUCAUGCCGUACCUGCGCUGCUCAGCUCUCUUCUUCCAUUAUUUGCUGGGAGUGACACCACCCGAGGCGCUGAAAUCACCAGUAUCGUCAGAAGACCAGCUAGAAGCACUGUGCAGCUACCUCAGUUUGCCUACCAACGUGUUCCUACUUUUCCAGGAGAAUUGGGAUGUUGUGAAACCACUGAUUCAGAGUUUGGGUUCUGAUUCACACGUGCUGAGCGUCCUCUCUGGCAAAACGUCUGCACUCAGGUAUCCAAGGAAACGCAACACAUUGACUAAACUUCCCGAAGACUACAGCUCCCUCCUGAAUCAAGCCUCUCAGUUUAGGUGUCCAAAGUCUAAGGAUGCAGAACGAAAGCAUCCGGUUUUGUGUCUGCUCUGUGGCACGGUUCUCUGCUCCCAGAACACGUGCUGCCAGGAGGUGGUGAAUGGAGAAGAGUUGGGCGCUUGCACUACACACGCCAUACAGUGUGGAGCUGGCAUCUGCAUGUUCCUUAAAAUCCGGGAAUGUAAGGUUGUCCUUAUUGAAGGAAAAACAAGAGGUUGCAUAUACCCUGCACCUUACCUGGAUGAGUAUGGAGAAACUGACCCCGGGCUUAAGCGUGGGAACCCUUUGCGUCUCUCACACGAGCGGUACCAGAAAUUGCACCAGCUGUGGCAGCAACACUGCAUUGUUGAGGAAAUAGCUCGGAGCUUGGAGAUCAGCCAGAUAUUCUUUGGCUUCAACUGGAGCCUGCUUUAAAUGCCAUGGUAAGAACCCAACAGGUGGAUGCUUUAAAAACCGUAUACUCCCCAUGUCCCUGUUAAUCACAAACAGAGAUUAUUUUUGUUAUGGACCCCUGCUUGAGACAUCCUUAUGGACACCAGCUCUAAUCACAAUGAGAGGGGUUCUUCCCUCCUACAAAAAACAAAACGCAGCUAAGGUUUCAAAUAGUGGAGAAACCAUACUUCUUGCUAGGUUUAAGCCUACACCGUCUGGUUGACAUUUGUAUAGGCUCUUGACUCAAGCCUUCUGUUAGUUUAUUAAACUAAUGAAAUUUGAAAAAAAAAAAA